UACAGAGUACUUCAGAUCAACUUCGUCUAGAGAGUCCUUACAUACAGCGUCUAUAUACACGCAUUAAUAACUAAUAGCAUUUAAUUUCAUUUCAUUUCAGUUCCGUUCAUCGGCUAUUUUUUUUUUUUAAGUUCGUUUCAACUGUCAUACUUGUUAAUCACAUCACAUUCACCUAAUAAUUAAUAACCAUGUCAGAAACAAUCUACGACGAAAUAGAAAUAGAGGAUUUCACAUUUGAUCCAGUAACACAAUUGUUCCAAUAUCCAUGUCCUUGUGGUGAUAGAUUUGCUGUUGCAUUGGACGAUUUAGAAGACGGAGAAGACAUUGCCGUGUGUCCUUCUUGUUCACUUAUGGUUCGAGUUAUAUUCGAGCCUGAAGACUUGGAAGAAUUCAGAGAACAACUAAAAUAGGUAAAUCAUUUCAUUGCAAAACAUUAAUUCAACGAACAGAGUUAGAUUAGUGUGAAAAAUUGCACAGGUGUUUCAGAAUUGUCACCAACGUACAUUCGUCAUUAAAGUAUUCACCAGGAAAUAACGAAGACAAACUGCCAAUUAUUCAUAAAUGUGAUGUACAAAGAAUAAUACGAUCCUAUCUUCUUGUAAAGAUCCAGGCCAGGCUAAGCCAGGCCAUCCCCCCUAUAAAGUCGAUUGGUAUAUUGGGGAUUUGGCAGACAGCAUUUCUGCAAAAUUAAAAUGGAAAAUUUAAAAAUGGGAGCUCGCAUCAGGUAAAAUGAGCUAAUUAAUAACACUUUUGUUAUAUAUCUAUUAUAUUAUAUAUAGGUUCUUUAAUUGAUCUUUUAGAAUUUUUAGUUCGAUAUAGAUUGAUAAGCGAGACGUUGUGAAUUGUAGCCGCAAAUUUGACAGCCAGAAAAAAUGAACCAUACAAAAAAUUCCCCGCCAUCUGAACAUUAUACUUUUAGACUGAAAAUACUAGAAGGAAUACCAUCUAACACAAUGUAGAUUCUAGCUGAUGCAAAAAAAUUAAAAAUAACGACAACUGCAGGACUCGAACCUGCG